CAGCUCGCAGAUGCAAGCCCGGAGGCAGAAGGAGGGAGCAAGGCUGGGCUUAAGCAACCUGCUACUGGGAUUUAGACAAAGGCGGUUUGAGAGAGGCAGAGAACGAGGCGGGAUCGGUUGCUAAUAUCAGCAUGAGGACAGAGUCAGCAGCUGGACUCCCGGCAUGAAACUGAAUAAACUCACAGCGUCGCCUUCAGGGUAGAAAUUACUGGAGUAUGUACCAAAAUAAGAACUCAGAGGAAAAAGUAAGUUGGGGAAAGGACUUACAGAUUUUCACCAUCUUUGAAACCUCGCUCCUCUUGGAGGCAUGUCUUCAUCGAUGCGUUACCUCUUUAUAGUUUCUGUCUCUUGUGUCAUCGUUUUCAUCGUGUUCUAUGUGUUCAGUUUUGGGGGAGAGCAAAGCUUCCAGAAGCAGAAUAAUUCGGACACUCUGAUGCUGACUCAAGUUUGCACAUCCUUUAUCAAAGGCAAAACACCUUUCCUCUGGAGAGACAAACUAAUGAUAUACAAGAAGUCUUCUUGCAAAGAAUAUCUGACCCAGGGCCACUAUAUCACGGCCCCUUUGUCCAGAGAAGAGGCUGAAUUUCCUUUGGCUUAUAUAAUGGUCAUCCAUCACAAUUUCGAUACCUUUGCAAGGCUCUUCCGAGCUACUUACAUGCCCCAAAAUGUCUACUGCGUCCAUGUGGACGAAAAGGCGACAGCUGAGUUUAAAGGUGCUGUGGAGCAGUUACUGAGCUGCUUCCCAAACGCCUUCCUGGCUUCCAAGACGGAGCCGGUUGUCUAUGGAGGGAUUUCCAGGCUCCAGGCUGACCUGAACUGCAUCAAAGACCUGGUGGCCUCGGAGGUCCCGUGGAAGUACGCCAUCAACACCUGUGGGCAAGAUUUCCCCCUGAAAACCAACAAGGAAAUAGUUCAGUAUCUGAAAGGAUUUAAAGGGAAAAACAUUACCCCGGGCGUGCUGCCCCCAGCUCAUGCAAUUGGACGGACUAAGUAUGUCCACCGAGAGCAUCUGGGGAAGGAGCUUUCCUAUGUGAUAAGAACCACGGCGCUGAAGCCACCUCCUCCCCACAAUCUCACCAUUUAUUUUGGCUCUGCCUAUGUGGCUCUGUCCAGAGAAUUUUCCAACUUUGUGCUCCGUGACCCACGGGCUGUUGAUUUGCUCCAGUGGUCCAAAGACACUUUCAGUCCUGAUGAACAUUUCUGGGUGACGCUCAAUAGGAUUCCAGGUAUGUGA